AGGAGGCCGAUAUUGGUACAUAAAGAUCGCGCGAAAUUUCAGCUCGUCCCGUCAGGAUUCGCGAGCGUUGAAUUAUAGGAUCAGGACGCGAUGAUCCGGUUGAGUCGGACGCGUCAGGCGUUGCAAAGAAUUGCGGGAGGUCGCCACGCUCGGCGACCUUGCUUUGACUUUGGGACACGCUCGGGCGACGGGCGGCUGCUGCGUCGUGACGUUACGUCUCCCGUUGGCGAAGGGUUAGCGCGGCUCGUACUCACGCCCGGCGGUACUCGCCUCUUCCACAGGGACACCGAACUCGCGAGGGAAAGCACCAUCGCUAUGGCGCUCAACAAGCUCAGCAUCGACAAGGUGGAGCUGGCGGACAAGAGGGUGCUUAUACGGGUCGACUUCAACGUGCCGCUGAAGGAGGGCAAGAUAACGAAUAAUCAGAGAAUCGUCGCCGCACUGGACACGGUGAGGUACGCCAUCGACAAGAAGGCCAAGUCGGUGGUGCUGAUGUCCCACCUAGGCCGGCCGGACGGUAAGAGGGACGAGAAGUACACGCUGAAGCCGGUCGCCGAGGAGCUCAAGACUCUGUUGGGAAAGGAGAUUCUGUUUUUGAACGACUGCGUCGGGCCCGAGGUGGAGGCUGCCUGCGCCAGUCCAGCGCCCGGUACCAUCAUUCUCCUGGAGAACCUGAGAUUUCACGUCGAGGAGGAGGGCAAGGGAGUCGGCGCUGACGGGAGCAAGAUUAAAGCUGACAAGGAUAAGGUCGCCGAGUUCAGGGCGUCUCUGAGAAAACUGGGGGACGUGUACAUAAACGAUGCCUUUGGAACCGCGCAUCGCGCUCACAGUUCCAUGAUGGGAGACGGAUUUGAUGUAAGAGCGAGCGGCUUCCUGCUGAAGAAAGAACUCGCGUACUUUGCGAAAGCUCUGGACAAUCCGGAGAAGCCGUUCCUGGCUAUACUCGGGGGAGCCAAGAUCGCCGACAAGAUCCAGUUGAUUAACAAUCUCCUGGACAAGGUGAACGAGAUGAUUAUCGGAGGCGGUAUGGCCUACACUUUCUUGAAAAUUUCCAAAAAUAUGAAGAUUGGAAAUUCGCUGUUUGACGAGGAAGGAGCAAAGAUUGUGAACGACCUGCUGGACAAGGCGAAGAAGAACAACGUCCAGAUUCACUUACCGGUGGACUUUGUGACCGCCGACAAGUUCGCGGAGAAUGCAGCGGUGGGAGCCGCGGAUGUCGAGAGCGGCAUACCCGACGGAUGGAUGGGUCUCGACGUCGGGCCAAAAACAAGAGACUUGUUUGCAGAACCAAUUAAGAGAGCGAAGGUCAUCGUGUGGAACGGCCCAGCGGGAGUGUUCGAGUUCGAGAACUUCAACAAGGGUACGAAGAGCUUGAUGGACAACGUCGUCGAGGCGACGACUCGGGGAACGAUUACUAUUAUCGGCGGCGGGGACACGGCGACGUGCGCGGCCAAGUGGAAAACGGAGGACAAAGUGAGCCACGUGAGCACCGGCGGCGGUGCGAGCCUGGAACUCUUGGAGGGUAAAGUGUUGCCCGGAGUCGCCGCCCUGUCAUCGUAAAUUUGUCUUCGAGAUGUAAAGACCGAUCGUACCGUGACACUUCAACGUUCGCCGUUUUCUGUGGAAAAUUGGACGAGUUGCGCUCGGACGUUGGGGGAUGUUCGUCGAACUCGGCGUUAGUGAGAUUAGAACCAGGACAUAUCUUUAUUUCGAGUUGUCGGUGUAAUCGUGCCGCUGCGUUCCUCCGUUCUUUCACGAGGAAUAGUAAAGUUAUACGUUGACGUACUCUUAGGCCGAUAGUCAUAGCUUGUUAUCUUUGAGACCGUCUUAAAUACAAUGUUAUGUUAGGACCUCAGCAGGACGGCUGUCUCGUAAUUUCAAGACGGUGUUUAUAAAAUAUUCAUUUAUUAUUAAUAUGGUACAAUUGUUACUUUCAUAUAUAUUUAAAUAUAUACGUUUAUCCGUUGCAAGCGUCUUCGUAUACAUAUUUCAGACUUGAUUUUGAGCUGUCUGUGUAAUCGUCGACGAGGAAUAUUAAAAUUGUACGUUGACGUACUCUUAGGCCGAUAGUCAUAGCUUGUUAUAUUUGAGACAGUCUUAAAUUAUAAAAUAUUCGUUUAUUAUUAAUAUGGUAAAAUUGUUACUUUCAUAUAUAUUUUAAUACAUACGUUUAUUCUUUGCAAACGUCUUCGUAUGCGUAUCUCAGGCUCGAGACACAAGCCAGUUAUUGUGUGGUAUUUAAAACAAAGACAGCAUAAACAUUAUCGUUUCUUAAUCGUUUCUUAACUUAAGAUUGCAACAGUCUUGAAAUAAAAACAGACUAUGAGUACUGGCCUUAGACAGUACAAAUAUAUUAAUGUACAGUUAUAGAUACGUGUCAAAUGUGUAUAUUACCUGUAAAAUGUAAUAUACUAAGACAAUAUAUAAAUUCAUCGUGUACAUUAGCUACUAAGGGAAUAAUUGUAAGGGGAGACAGUCGCCUAUUAUACUAAGUGUAAUCGUCCCUGCACGGUAAAAAGUUCGCUCAUAGUUUGAACACAAACUUCGGAUUACUCUCGAUCGUAUUGAACUGUAAAUAUUGUCUCUUUAUUUAAUAGAGUGUACACUUUCGGCCGUCUGUAAUAUCGAAAAUAAAUGUCGAACGCACGAU